AUGACGACGACGACGAAAGAGACGACGACGAUGAAGAAGGUAAAGAAGUUAAAGAAGAAGACUUCUUUGUCUUCUCUCUUUUUAGUAAACUUCUUAAACUUCUUCUUUUACGCUUCGUUUUGUGUGAUGAAAAUUGAAAGAACAGAAGCGCAUUGGAAAAUUGCGGACGGUUUGAUUAUUUCAGAAGUGGGAACGCGCGCAACCUGUAUGGACGGAACGUCUUACUUCGAGAUAUUCAUGGCGCAGGAAGGAAAAAUUGACUUGGCUGGGUACACGAUUCAAGCGGACGAGGAGGUGAUAUUCACGUUUUCGGAUUUUACGAAACCAAUCGAAGCUGGAGAAGCGAGGGUGGUGUGCACGGGAGAUUCUUCGGAAGAUAUUUGGUACUCGAUACCACCGACGGCGGGGACGAUUACAGCGGGAAAAAAUUAUAAACUCGUCUCCAAGGAAGGCGCGGUGGUGGACGAAAGCGGCGUCGUCGAAGAAGGCACAGUUGGGACGGCAAACGAAUUUUAUUCCUGGCAACGCCAAAGAACGUACGACCCAACGGAAACGAACACGGUAACGGCGUACGGAACCUCCGUGUUAUAUAACGACUUUUUCCCGAUCGGUAAAGAUUUGGACUUUGCACUCGCGCCAGGUUCGCCGGGGAUAUACAACUCGGACCGGUUGCAACUUCCAGUCGUUAUAAACGAAUUUUCGGAUAAUGGCAUCGAUUUAUGCGAAGGCGGUGAUUUUAUCGAGUUGUACAACAUCCACGCGACCACGACGGUAGAUUUAUCUGGGUUCGUUCUCGCUCGAGCCGGUCCGAGUACGGUCGCGCACGUCAACGACGGGAUUCACUACAUCAUUCCCAGCGGUACGACGAUUGGACCGCAAUCUUACAAGUUAUUUUGCUCGAAAAGUACCGAUACGGAUAAUUCGAUUACGCUCGGUUACGAUUGGGACUUGCGCGAAAAGCAAGGAUGCACGCUUUAUACCGAAACUGGGUAUAUCAUUGAUAGUAUCCCUUACGUGGACGGUACGUCGAGCGUGGCAGGAAGAUCGAUGCAAAGAGUUCCAAGUGGCUUUGGUCCAAUGUUCGUCGUUGAACCGAUGACGCCGAACGCGGAAAAUUUUAUUCAAUCCGCCUCGAGCGUGCCGGCGAACGGGGUGCCGACGAAAACCGGUUCGAAUCAUUUCACGUGCUGCUACCACAUCCGAUCCUUGGGGAUGCCAGAUUCAGUGUACGAGACAGCAGGAUUGGAUAGGUCUAUUGGCACAUCGUACGACGGUGUAUCGUUAGUGAACGAAUGGACCGUCGUAGAAGUUCGCAUUCCUCGAGAAAUCCCCGCUUCGGCGGGAGCCGGUUUCGCCGAUAACCAGCUCUUUGAUUUUCAAAUCGGCAUGAACUCCUUCCGAAGCCCUUCGGUUACGGCAAAAAAGAGAAGAAAGUUGUUAAGUCACGACACGGUUGAGAACGUCGAAAAUCUUUACACCGGUGAUUUCGCUUUACUCGACGAAGACGCGUUUCCAGAGCAAAAUUUUAGUUUUAAUCGCACGAUACGAUUUGAGCCCGGAAUUACGUCGAUAAAAUUUCUCGCUAUUCCCAGAAAAGCGGGCGCGAACAUUUUUGAGCUCGUGCACACCGGAGUCGCUUUGGCCGGAGAAAACACGUGGAACAAGUAUCAACCGACCGCUCGGUACACGAGUUAUCGAUCGACAAAUGCUCCCGUGAAUACGUUUCAAGUGGUAGCUCGAAAGAAGAAAAUUUUCAAGCCGACGUUGAACGAGAACGAUAUUCUCUUCACGACGAAUACUUAUAACUUUCCAUUAUACCUCGAAGGAAUUCCAUCGAACUUUUCGAGAGGACGCGUGAAAGCUGCGGUUUCUGCUGACGAGUACGUUUGGUCAGAUACAAAGACGUUACCGGUCGUUUUCAUCGCGUCUGGUAUGGUUUUUUCUAGCCUCGACGGUGCCGCGGUUAUGAAACUCACUCCGGAUACAAAAACGACAACGUUCUCGGUGUACGCGACCGAAGUCGGCGAAAUCGAAUACUCCAUAGCGCCAGUGGAAGGUUACGUGAUGUCCGAAGAAUACGAGUACGAUUCAACGAAAACACACACUGGUACCAUCGCCGCCGGCCAAUCGAAAGUCACCAUUGGUUGCGUCGAUAACUACUACGUGAAGAAAAUAUCAGAAGGGACUCUGACGUGCGAACCGUGUCCAAAAAAUACGGCUUUAGUGAGAGACGCGAGCAAUUUGGAAGCCCAGAGUGAACUGAUGUGCAAGUGCAUCCCGGGUUUGGUCGAUUUAAGACUUCCCGGGAUGUUGCCUGAAAAUUUCACAAUCACUUCGUCCUUAUCUGUGUCUCCGUGCGUCUCCCCGAUCAAAUAUUGUCAGGACAUGACUUCCAACUUGAAAGAGUACCCGAGCGAAUGCGUCGAGUUCUUCAACGGCGCGCCCGUGCAAAUUCUCACGAAUUAUUACCGUUUCAAAUUCGAUCGUUGGACUUGGAACUUUCCAAAAAGCUCGAACGUUCCCGCUGUACAAUCCAAGAUGAUAACCACGGAAGCUGAGGUGUACGAACUCGAACCAGAAGUGCAAGCGCUCGAGUGCACUGAAAAAAAUGUCUGCGCCUUGAACGCGACAGGACUUUUCGGCGUCGGAUGCGAAGACGGUUCUACCGGACCUCUGUGUGGUGUUUGCAAAGAUGACUUUUAUUGGGACAAAAACAAUUUGGAGUGCACGAAAUGCAAGGCUGGUAAAUUAAAAGGCAUGUUUUCGAACGAGCUUAUCGCUAUUUCUGUGGUGGGGAUCAUUUUCAUUGCGUUGAUGCUCAUCUUUUUCUUGCCCGUGGUUGAUAGCCUCGAGGAGAUUGAAAAUUUUCGGAGCACCGUGCGACGCGAAUAUCGACUCCGAUUUGACAUCUUUAAAGGCGAGGUGCAAAACGGGAACAAAGAAUUGCAAUACGUGCAGCCUGAGAAGACUUUAAAACAGAGAAUAGAGGAAGGACCAAAGCUUCCGAACUCCGCUCGAUAUCGUCUCGGUGAAAUGAUAUGGAACGGCGAAAACACCAUGCGAACAAAAGUAAAAAUCUUGGUCGGGUUCGGUCAGAUUUUAGUGCUUUGGCCAACUCAAUUGCAAGCAGUCGCUUGGCCUAAAGAGUUUACUCAGAUGACCGAAGCUUUGAAACUAUUCAGUUUGGAUUUCCGAAUUUUGCCGUUGGAUUGCGCGUUCACGCGCGAUUUCUAUUCAAAGUUCACGGUCGCAACCGUCGCGCCUUUGGUUUUGAUUGUUUUUAUAUGCGCGUUCUUCUUCGUGAGAUACGUUUUGGCAAAGACGUGGAAACUCGUUACCGGAUCGAAAGAUCUCGUAAUUCUCGGUCGAAGAUACGUAGGUUACGCCACCAAGUGUUCGUUCUUAUUGUUGUUUUUGAUAUAUCCAUCCCUUUCGGGCACGGUUCUUCAAUAUUUCAGCUGCAAAGACGUUGGCGACGACAAUCUCUUUAUUCGAUACUCGAUCGAAACGUCUUGCCAAGACGACAAAUAUAAAAAUUUUAAAGGCGGGGCAAUUUUCUUUGUCAUCUUGUUUCCUGUUGGCAUUCCGUUAUUGUUUCUGACCGUCAUGGCCAGAGGUAUGCGUCACAUUAAAAACGCAGAGAUUUCAAGAGAAUACGCGGAAACGCACAAGGACGUCAUCGCUUACAAUCAAAAGACGUACGGCUGGAUUUACAGAGAUUACAAACAAGAGUGGUGGUUCUGGGAAAUCUUGGACAUCAUCAAAAAGUUUCUUCUCGGUGCCGUGGUUAUAUUCGUCGAUCCAGGUUCAGACACGCAGCUGUACGUCGCGAUGUUUCUUUCUUCUCUUUUCCUCCUCUUUCUCGCGUGCGCGCAUCCGUAUUCCAAGCGGGAAGACAACAUGUGUGCCCAACUCGCACACUUCUCACUCGGCGCCGUCGCGACGUUUGGUUUGGCAAUCAAGAACGAAGUGUGCAUCCGUGAAAAAUGGGAAUGUUCCAUGAUGGACGUCUACCUCGUUCUCACCGUGGUUUUUGUUUUCGUGUGCUCCAUCGCGCUCGGCGUCAGCGAGUCCAUCGAAAUGCGAAAAUCAAAACGCGAUUUCUUAAAGUACGACAGCGAUUACUCCGGCGAUUUGGAUAAAGACGAAAUGCGCGUUCUUUUAACGGAUCUCAAAAUCGAGUCCACGGAAAAAGUGCUCAAAAUGAUCUUCGACAAGUUCGAUAAGAAUCUUUCCGAUUCGAUCGAUUUCGAAGAGUUUAUCGAAGUCGGUAUUUGGAUUCACAACGAGCUCCCGAAGCAAAAGUUGAACUAA